AUGUAUCACCGACUACUCAUCUUCUCUUUCCUUCUCGGAUGGCUGUCAGCAGAUCAACGUCUUUCCUCAACAUCAAUUUCGUCGAUGAACGGAUUUUCGGCACAACGGAAAUGUGAACUCAUCACAAUUCCAAUGUGCAAGAAUCUCGACUACAAUCAAACUGUCUUCCCCAACCUUCUCGGGCACACAACACAAUCCGAAGCGAAUCCGGCGAUUUCUCAGUUCAAUCCGCUGAUCAAAGUGAAAUGCUCUGAAGACAUUCGACUCUUCCUGUGCACCGUCUACGCUCCCGUCUGCACGGUUCUCGAAAAACCAAUUCAACCAUGUCGGGAGUUGUGUCUAUCGGCGAAGAAUGGAUGCGAGUCUCUGAUGAAAAAGUUUGGAUUCCAGUGGCCAGAUCAAUUGGAUUGCAAUAAAUUUCCGGUGACAGAUUUGUGUGUUGGCAAGAAUUCAAGCGAAUCGAGCAGCUCCAAGAAUCCAAGUUACAGAAGCAGCAGUGACGUCACGUUCGGAGUCUCCACAAUCGCCAAUGAAGUCGUUCUGUCACCGAAGAAAUGCCCUCAUGUGAUGCAUACAACGAGCGGAUCGCACUUUUCACUUCCCCUUCUUAGUGGACGUCUUCCGGAAUGCUCGUUGACAUGUGAAGCCGACAAUCAAGUACCAAUGAUGUUCGAUGGACGUGUGAGACGAAUUCUUCGAAUCUGGACCGCCGCUUGGUCGGUCGCCUGUUUCGUAUGCUCCUUGUUCACACUAGUCACAUUCCUCGUUGAUUUGUCUCGAUUCGCAUAUCCUGUCCGACCGAUUUUAUAUCUGGCAUUCUGUUACCUCGCGAUUUCGUUAGUUUAUAUGAUUGGCGUGGUUGGUGAAGACGGAUUCGCUUGCGGAACUUAUGGAUCGACUCCGACAAUCCUCGUUACGCAAGGAGGAGAAAACGUUGGUUGCAGUGCUCUCGCCGUGGUACACUACUUCUUCUUUAUGUCUAGCUGUGCAUGGUGGCUCGUACUCUGUCUCGCCUGGUUCCUAGCCGCUAAUUUGAAGUGGGGAGCCGAAUCGAUCGCCGCAUUGUCGCCAUAUUUUCAUGCAAUGUGUUGGGGAGUUCCCGCCGUCUUAUCAGUCUCAGUUCUCGUCACAAACUCUGUCGAUGGAGACGUUUUCACUGGAAUUUGUUCAGUUGGAAAUCUCAAUCCCUCCGCUCUUGUCUAUUUCUUCUUUACGCCAAUCGUUGUCUCGUUGGCACUCGGAGCAGUUCUUCUCAUCUGUGGCAUUUGGUCGAUGAUCCGAAUUCGAAGUUAUAUCAAGUUACAGCAUGCAGACGUUGAGAGGAAUAUUAGCAAGUUGGAAAAGUUGAUGUUAAGAAUCGGAGCAUUCGCCAUCAUGUACUCCCUUCCAACAGCCAUGAACGCCGCGAUCAUGUGGUAUCAGGCAGUGAAUAUGCCAGCGUGGUUAGAAGGAUGGCUCCACCAUCGAUGCAUUCGACUGCAAGAUCGAGAGCUCUUCGGCUUCACAUAUCCCAUCGACGAGUGUCCGAUGGAUCCGAAAGUGGCGGCGCCAGAGAUAAUUGUAUUUCUUUUAAAAUAUGUAUCACAACUGGUUGUUGGUAUAACCUGUGCAAUCUGGGUAGUCUCGUCGAAAACGUUAUCGAGUUAUCAUAAAGCGUACCUGGCGCUUUCUUCCAGGUCACCUCCUGUUCCUAAUCAUGUUGAUCAGGUGAAUAUGAGGUGA